GCAGUGGUUUAGAAGAGAUUUCUCAGUUUAUGAACGAAUUUUGUGAAGUUUUUUGUGUCAGAAUACUGAUUUAGAUUGGACUAAUGACUAGCUAGUGCAAGAGGUAUUGUUCGGUGCCGCAGUGUAACCAGUAUAAAGAUACAAAUGUAUCGAUACACAGCUUCCUCGCAGAUGCAAAAUUACGCAAAGUGUGGCAGAACGUUUUACAGAUUGGGAAACCUAUUUCCAAAUACAUGUCUGUGUGUAGCAAGCACUUCGUACAAACAGAUUAUAAAUGUAAAUGGAAUCCAAAUGCCAAAGUUCAUUUUUUGCUACCAGAUGCGAUACCUUCACAAAAUUUACCAGUUACCCUUCACCAGAAUAUUAAACCUGUUAUUGCUAGAUCUUUUCGAAAAAGAAGAAACUUGAAUGAGUCAGACCAGGACAAAGCUUGCGCAAAUAUAGAAUUUCCUCACCAUAGUGAUGAAACUGACAGGACAACAGAUGAAGUUUUCAUGGAAAAUGCAAGUGUUGAAAACAUCAGAACAGAAAUUGAAAGACCAUCCACUUCGAGAGAACCACUUAUUCAUGAUCAGGAACCAGUGAAAAAUGUUGUUGAGUUUCUAGACAAGGGGACACAGUCUAAUAUUGUUUCAUCAUUUGAAGAACGGCUAGAUACAGAGAAAAAGUGCAUUUCUUUUACUGGUGUUAGUAGUGAUGUGGUAGAUACCUGUGUUAUAUGUAUUAAUGAAGUGAUCAAGGCAAACAAUGGACAGUGCAUUGCUGACAUUAGGAAGAAAGUUGUUCUUGUUUUAACAAAGUUGAAAAGUUCCUUUGCUUGUUUGUCUGUCAUGUUUGAUUAUUCUCCAAGUAGUUGCUCAUAGUAUUUUUAUACUGUUUUGCACUUAUUGGCAUUAGCAGUGAAACCAGUGGUGUAUUGGCCCACCAAAAAUGCAAUUCUUGCUAAUAUGCCAAAGUGUUUUGAUAAAUAUAAAAAUACACGUGUCAUUCUUGAUUAUACGGAGAUAAAAGUUCAAAAAUGUAAAUGUUUGAAAUGUAGCAUCCGAACAUAUUCUCACUAUAAGGGAAGUCAUGGGUAGUUUUUUUUUCAAAAAUCUUGCCAUCACAAUGAUUGAUUUAUGUGACAAAUAAUAUAAUAACAGGAGUUUGUUCUAUCUCAACUCUCAACAUAAUGU